GGUGUGUGUGAUGGGAGAUGUUGUUCCCCCAGCUGGCUGUGCUUCUCAGCCUGGUGCUCGGGACUCUGCUGUACCUUCUGACUCACACAGUACACCUGGACAGGCUGCAGCCCAUGUGCCCGGUCGAGAGCAGACCACCCCCUGCUGGUGUUCUGGUGCAGUUCCCUUUCCGGCCUCUGCAGUAUAAACGGGGUCUCCUGCACAAGCUGCGCAGGAGCAACGCCACUAGAGGGCGCCUGAUCCAGCAGCUACCGCACGCCAUCAUCAUCGGGGUCCGGAAGGGUGGCACACGUGCCCUGCUGGAGAUGCUGAACCUCCAUCCUGCCGUGGUCAAGGCCUCGCAGGAAGUCCACUUCUUCGACAGUGACCACAAUUAUGGCAGGGGCAUGGCCUGGUACCGCCACAGAAUGCCCUUCUCCCUUCCCGGCCAAAUCACCAUCGAGAAAAGCCCCGCCUACUUUGUGACAGAGAAGGUCCCCGAGCGGAUUUUCAGGAUGAACUCGUCCGUAAAGCUGCUGGUCAUCGUGCGUGAGCCAACGACCCGCGCCAUCUCUGACUAUACGCAGGUUCUGGAGGGAAAAGAGCACAAGAACAAAACAUAUCAUAGCUUUGAGACGCUGGCCAUCGACUCCAGCACCCGAGAGGUGAACACCAAGUACAAGGCCGUCCGCACCAGCAUCUACGCCAAGCACCUGGAGCACUGGCUGGAGUUUUUCCCCGUCCAGCAGUUCCACGUGGUGGACGGAGACAGGCUGAUUACGGACCCGCUGCCCGAGCUUCGCCUAGCUGAGCGCUUCUUGAACCUUCCGCCCGGGAUCAGCCAGGACAACCUGUACUUCAACUCCACACGGGGCUUCUACUGCCUGCGCUUCAGCCGCCGCUUCAGCAAGUGCCUGGCGGGCAGCAAGGGCCGGACGCACCCGAAUGUGGAUCCGGCCGUGCUGGACAAACUCAGGCACUUUUACCACCCGUUCAACCAGAAAUUUUACCAGAUCACUGGGAGGAAGUUCGACUGGCCGUGAGGGAGGAAACAGGGGUGUUUUGUCCACUAGGGGGCAGUAGGGCAGGGCUCUGCUGCUUACCACAAACAUAGACAGAAGAAACAUCACCUGGUCUGGGAAAUAUAACUAAUUUUUUACUAAAUACAUAAUUUAUGCUUGUAAAAUUGACAGAAAGGUUGAAAGAAAUUAGUGUUAAAAGUUGUAAAACAAAACCUUAAAAAACGCAGGAUACAUUCGAUGUAUGUAAACAACUGUUUACUGAUUUGGGAACAAUGUAUUUGAAGAAGUUCCUGAUUGUGAUUAAUAAGAAAUGCCUGUUAAUUAAAUCACCCAGCUGUGCUGGACAGUCUAAUGUGCUUCCACCUGUUCAGCCAGAUGUUUUAUCAGAACAGCUGGACGUACGGCUGAUCACGAGCAGAUCAACAACUCCGAAAUGUUAACUUUACUAAAAUGCUGAGAGAUAUAAAAUGGAA